UCAUGAGUUUCGCCCGGCUAACUACAGCAAACUUUGCCGCACGAGAUCACGCAACAAGGCGUUUGUCCCCAAGCCAUAAUGCGAAGUUACCCCCGCGUGCGCUGAUCCUCACACCCGAGACAUGCAGAGUCAACCAGGCGAGGCUCAGUGAUAGCCGAAGUCCUGUUCCACAGAGUGCCCCACGUCACUCAGAACCAGCCGUAGCAGUCGGCCAUGUCAAAUGCCUAGUUGAGAUACGCCGCGAGCAUCAGGCUGAAGCCCCAUCCAGAGCCGAGUCCGAGUUGCCUAACGAUUUAGAGUUGUUCAUCGAUGAAGACUGUAACGACGCCGAGACCCCUGUUGAGCUUAGGAACACCAAGUCAUCGAGUCCAGAGGUGACUCGUGCAGUGUUGUGGUAUUCGAGUGACCCACAUGAGUUGUACAACGCUAGCCAAGAUGUUGAAGCGCCCGGCAAUGCUAAGACGCUGCAUGCGGAGCCUGAGCUAGACGAAGGCUAUAUUCCUUCACCCGAGAAAGAUCCGGAUAAGACCUUAGAGACGCAGCACG